AUGACGCCUGAGAGAUGUAUCACCGUCGCACAAGGCAGGAGGUAUAUAGGAGUGUUCCUUGACACCUGUUAUGCAGCUGACACUCUUGAUUUCGUUACUCCUGUACAACUGGAUAGUUGUAAUCUACUUUGCCCUGGAGAUGCUAGACAGCUUUGUGGUGGCGUUGUAACCGUCACGUCCCCCGUACCAAGAAACAUCAGGCCGUGGAUAUCUAGGCGUGCGGCUCCCGCAAAUAUUUUGCUCACGAUCUACGGAAUACCGAUUGGUUUACUAGGCACAACUGUCGUUGGACCUGGCACGACUGUUGUGAUGCCGCCCGCAACAAUCGUCGGUCCGGGUAUCACCACCACCGAGCCUGGCGUGACCAUUAUUGGGCUGACGACGAUUCUUCUCCCUAAUGUACCAGGCGGCACAGUCGUCCCUAGUCGUCCCCUCACUAUCAUCGGUCCCAGUGGAGCUCUCAUUCCCACCGCCGUGCCCAUCUCUGGCAGUGCCAUCACCUCUAUGGUAACUACUGUAACCUACACCACCGUAGACUCAGCUAGGCCUACCGCCCUUGUCCUUGUUACGCUUUGCACCACGCUCUACUUCGAGAACUGCCAUUGCCCAACCCAAGUCAUUCCGACGGUUCCUAUGACUACGUAUGAGGCCAAGUGCGACAGGUGUGGCCACGGUGGAAAGAACACGGUCACCCUUACCGUUCCG